CUUUAGGUGACCCUCUUAUUAUUUCCUUCAAAUUUCAUCCCACCGCUUACUUUUUUCUUUUUUCUUUUUAAAAAAAAUUGGAUUGGUUUUCGAUUUUAUAUAUAGCCAAGAUAAUUCUCUUUUAUAUUUUUUUGGGUUUUGCCGAUUUUGCCUCCUCUUCUUUUCUCAGGCAGAUUUGUAAGCUGUAUUGGGGUAUUUGUUGGAAGAACUUGGAAGUAGUAAAAGUGCAUGAUUUUGAGCUUGUGUUGUGGAGGCUUUACUUUACAUAGCAAAUGAUGGGUUGUUUGUGCUUCAGGUGCAUUCACUUCCUUGUCUAAUUAAGCGGUGGAUCUAGUGGUACAUGGGAUUAUCAUCACAUAGUUAGAUCUGAUUCAAGUUGUCGGUUUGUGCUCCCCCUGGGUGUGAGAAAGGAUGGCGAGGGGAGGCAACGGUGGACGCAAGACUAGUGAUAGGAGAAAGGCUGGAUCCACAUAUAGAGCUUCAGAUCAGUCAGAUGAGGAUUACACAGUUGAUGACGAUGAGGAGUUUGAUGAGUCAGACGAUGGAUAUUCUUCCUUUGUUGGAGAUGAUUCAGAAGAGAGUUUAGGUGAAUAUGAAGAUGAGGAGGAGGAAUUGAAGACGAGGAAGGUGAAAAGGGUUGCUCGGUCAAAAGCACCAAGCAGAAAAGAAAAAGGAACUGUGAAGUCUAGAAAGAGAAAGAGAGUUUCAUAUAGAGAAGACGAUGAUGACGAUGAUGAAGUUGAUGAAGAUGAUGAGGAGUUCACACCAGAUUGCUUGGAUGAAGAAAAAGAGUUUCCAGUAACGAAAGGGACAAAUAAUUCUAGCAAACGACGGUUGCGUAAGGGCACUGUCAAAGAUGAAGAUGAUGAGGAAUUCACACCAGAUUGCUUGGAUGAUGAAGAAGAGUUUCCAGUAAUGAAAGGGACAAACAAUUCUAGUAAGCGACGGUUGUGUAAGGGCACUGUCAAAGAUGAAGAUGAUGAGGAAUUCACACCAGACUGCUUGGAUGAAGAAGAAGAAGAGUCUCCAGUAAUGGAAGGGACAGAUAAUUCUAGCAAGCGUCAGUUAUGUAAAGCCACUUUUAAAGAUGAAGACGAGGAUUUCACACCAGAUUGCUUGGAUAAUGAAGAUGAUGAAGAAGAAGAGUCUCCAGUAAUGCAAGGGACGGAUAAUUCUAGCAAGCGAUGGUUACGUAGGGGCACUGUCAAAGAUGAAGAAGAUGAGGAAUUAAAUUCAGAUGGCUUGCACGAAGAGGAGGAUUUUCUAGUAAUGAAAGGGAUGAAGAAUUCAAGCAGGCUACGGAGGCGUAAGGCCACUGCCAAAGAUGAUUACGAGGACGAUGAUGAAGAAGACAAGGAUGAUGAGGAAUUCACUCCAGUUAGCUUGGAUGAAGAGGAGGAUAUCCCAAUAACUAAAGGGAUGAAGAAUUCGAGCAAGCCACGGCUGUGUAAGGGCUCUACCAAAGAUGAUGACGAAGAUGAUGACGAUGAUGAGGAAUUCACUCCAGAUGGCUUGGACGAAGAAGAAGAGGAAGAGUUUCCAGAAAUGGAAGGGAUAAAGUACUCAGCCAAGCCACGGUCACGUAAGGGCACUGCCAGAGUACAGAAGAGAAAUAGAAACCACAAAAAGUUGAAGAAGAUCACAAGAAAGAAACCACUAAAGAGACGGCAAUUGAGAAGGAAAGCAAGAUCUGAAAAUGACGAGGAGUUCAUAGACGUCGAUCCAACCAUGAAAGAAAAGAACAAAAAGAAUGCAGGUCAGAGGAGAAAAAGAAAGAGACUAACAGUAGAUUCUGAUUCUGAUUUUGUUGCGAGUUCUGGAUCAUCUGAACGUGAGUUUACCAUCUCUGAAGAAGAGAGGGAACAAGUCAGAGAGGCUAACAAUUUUUGCAGGAGCUUGGUUACAACUUGGAGGGGCUCAGCAUCUUUGAAAAAAUCACUAAUAGAGGAAGCUCCACGUCUACAAAGAAAACAUCCUGCAAGAAAGGCUAAAGAAAAGAUGGAGGAGUUAAAGAUUGAAGCCGGAAAGCAAAUUUGUGGCAUAUGUUUGUCUGAAGAAGGUAAGAGAACAGUUAGAGGGACAUUGAAUUGCUGCAGUCAUUACUUUUGUUUUGCUUGUAUCAUGGAGUGGUCCAAAGUGGAAUCUCGUUGCCCACUAUGCAAGCAAAGGUUUGUGACAAUCAGUAAGCCUGCAAGGUCAGACACUGGCUUUGAUUUGAGGACUGUGGCUAUUCAAGUCCCUGAACGUGAUCAGGUUUAUCAACCAUCUGAAGAGGAGCUUAGGGGUUACCUUGACCCGUACGAAAAUGUAUUAUGUACAGAGUGUCAGCAAGGUGGGGAUGAUGCUCUUAUGCUACUUUGUGAUCUCUGUGAUUCGCCUGCGCAUACUUAUUGUGUUGGUCUUGGACAUGAAGUACCUGAAGGUAACUGGUACUGUGAAAGCUGUCGACCAACUGCUCUUGCUUCUUUAAACCCACAGAAUCUGAAUCCUAUGCCUGAUAAUAGAACAAGCGGCAGUUUUUCUGUUGGGUCACCUCCUGUUGCGAAUGUGAGAGAAACGUUUGAUCUUAAUGAAAUGUAUGUUCCUGAUACCCCUUUGACCGAAGAAUCAGGUGAUUUUCAAUCUCCGCGAGAUGGUCAAGUUUCUUCUCUAGCUUCUGGGAUUGGGGCAUUUACAGUUUCUGACCGGCGCAGAAUACAACGGCAAAUACAUCAACUCCUUAAUAACAGGAGGAGACAACUUGGUAAUAUUGCUGGGACCUCGGGUGCUGUAUCAGGGAAUAGUCUCUUUGGCUCUCAAAUUGCUCGAAGUAGAGAAUUAGCAAAUCAACCUGCUAUAGCACAUAGGGCAGUACCUCAUAAUUCAUUUUUCCGAGGAAGGCAACUGGAGAGUGAUGCUCAUUUCUCUCAAAAUCCGAACCUUGUACCCGAGAGGGCAAGUCAUUUGAGUGGGCAACUGAAUUUGAAUGGAGCCUCUACAUCAUCACAAAGUUUUUUUGGUGAAUUUUUGGAAAGUGAAUUGCAAGGGACUGAUGCAAGUUUCAAUUUUAAUCUGGUUCAUCAGCAACUCCAUCCCUGCAGUAGCAGCAGAUCUAAUGUUGGGCCUGAUUCUAGCACUUCUCCUUGUCAAUUUAGAGAGCCUGCAGUACCUUCAAGGACAUUGCCCAGCACUCUUAGAAGACAAUUUUAGCUGCAUGUGCUCGAGCAUGGUGAAGUGAAGCCCCCUGUGCAGUCUACCAUAAUUUGUAAUUAAAUUGGGAGACAGGCUGGCAGCCAAAUCUCCCCUGUUGAGGAUCACUGUACUCUUGCCUCUUUUGAUUGAAAUCACGAGUAUAGAAGACACGCUGUUUGUUGAAGCAGUGGGAUUUGAUGUGCGACUUCUCAGAAAUAGCAUUAGCCAUUCUUUCUGCCCAUUGACCAUGCCGGACAGAUCCAUUUGUUAGGAUAGAUUUUUCAGCUUUACACUUGUAUACCACGCUUAACUGACAAAAGAUUCCUUGAUUGUUGUCAAAAAUAUGCAACCACUGUUGUUGCCAUUGUUAUUUAUUAGCCAAUUUGUUAUCCGAGAUUGGUACUCAGCUGUUUGGAUAUGUUGGAAAUUUACCAUUGACAAUGGUAACUGCUGUUUUUCUUGU